GUGCGAGGGGUGGAGCGCGGCUUCGGCGGAGGACAACGGACGCUCUCCUCCUGCAGGUGUGACUUCUACCAAAAUGAGCGGCCUGGAUGAGGGCGACAACCUCCCUGUCGCUAAAACCUGCGGUCUCGCUACUCCCGACCAUGCCCCGGGACAUCCGGACCUAAAGCAGUGUCAGGGCGAGGAAACCGGGGCCACCCUGGUGAUGGCGGACACAGGUGAGGGCGGCUUGGAGACCGCCGCAGAGGGAGGCGCGCCCCGGGACCCCGCGGGCUGUGGCCUUGCGCUCCGCAUUCGGGUUGCUGGGAGUCGCGGCCGCGUAGCGACCAAAGCGGGCCAGAAAGAGGCUCCUGCUUCCACCGAGGGCAUGGAAGCAGCCUCUGCCUCCACCUCGGUGGCAGCCGACAAUAGCCAGGAAGAUGGCUGUCAGCGUAGAGAGCUGCGCAGCCCUGCUGUCGAGAAGGCUCUAGAAGCUUGUGGCGCAGGGAGGUUGGGGUCUCAGAUGAUACCUGGGGCGAAAGCCAAGGAAAUGACGACAAAAAAGUGCGCUGUUUCAGCAGCAGCGGAAAAGGAGGGAGUAGCGGAAGCGGUGGUGGAGGAAAAGAAGGUGAUGCAGAAGGAGAAAAAGGUGGUAGGAGGAGCGAAGGAGGAGGCACGGGCCAGGGCCCCGAAGAUCAAUAACUGCAUGGAUUCGCUGGAAGCCAUCGAUCAGGAGCUGUCAAAUGUAAAUGCCCAGGCUGACAGGGCCUUCCUUCAGCUGGAGCGCAAGUUUGGCCGUAUGCGAAGGCUCCAUAUGCAGCGCAGAAGUUUCAUCAUCCAAAAUAUCCCAGGUUUCUGGGUCACUGCCUUUCGCAACCAUCCCCAGCUGUCACCUAUGAUCAGUGGCCAAGAUGAAGACAUGAUGAGGUACAUGAUCAAUUUGGAAGUGGAGGAGCUUAAACACCCCAGAGCAGGCUGCAAAUUCAAAUUCAUCUUUCAGAGCAACCCCUACUUCCGAAAUGAGGGGCUUGUCAAGGAAUAUGAACGCAGAUCCUCUGGCCGGGUGGUGUCUCUUUCCACGCCAAUCCGCUGGCACCGGGGCCAAGACCCCCAGUCCCAUAUCCACAGGAACCGGGAAGGCAACACUAUUCCCAGUUUCUUCAACUGGUUCUCAGACCACAGCCUCCUAGAAUUCGACAGGAUUGCAGAGAUUAUCAAAGCAGAACUGUGGCCCAAUCCCCUCCAGUACUACCUGAUGGGUGAUGGGCCCCGCAGAGGAUUUCGAGACCCAGCAAGGCAGCCAGUGGAGAGCUCCAGGACCUUCAGGUUCCAGUCCGGCUAACUCCUGCCCUGCUGUCCUCCUGAUACCCAUGUACUCUGUGGCAAGAUCUUUGAGUUUCACUGCUGCAAGAUGAAGCUUAUGUAGAUGAUGCCAGUCAUCAACCCAAACUGAACAUUCCAGGCUACCAGUAACUGGUUUCCAACUGUCUUCCUGGGUCCAUGCCAUCCACGCUGCUGGUUAUCUGGCAGAAUCAGCAGCUGGCUGGUGGGUGGCUACUAGGCAUGAAUGAGGUAACAGAUGACAGGUGUUCUGUGUUAUCAUGUUGGUCUUCUUAUGCCUUUGGGCACCCUGCAUUGUGAUCACAUACUGGUGAGUAUGAAGGCCUGUGAUAUGGCCCACCCGAACCCGCACUCAGCCUUCUGGAUGAGCUUUGCACAGGCACCAUUGCCUUCCUCUUCAGGAACUAUCUGUAGACUUAAAGCUCCUGGGUAGCACACAGGAACUAUCCCCUUCCCUGCCCCCAAAAUGGCUACCCAUAAACCCAACUGGCUGUCAGGCAGGUUGGGCAGUCAUAAUAUCACAGCGUCCAAAGCAAAGCUGGUGGGGGGUCCCUUCCAGCAGUUAGCCUUUUUGAGCCCUAGCUGACAAACCACCCUUAAUCUAGGCAACUUUAUUAGGCAUCCCCUUCGCAACCCCUCCCGCACCCAUUCUGAACAUGACAAAGUUGCCAGGGCAGGGGCACCGACGAAGGUCUUUCUGGUCUGUGGCGCCUGUUAUGCAUCUGUCUCUGUCUCCAUCUCCCCCCCGCCCCCCCAUCUCAGAAGCAGUUACAGCUCAGAAACGGAAAACGAAACUGGCAAAGCAGGCUUUUUAAUUUGCUCUCCCUUUGGUUGUGUCCAGAAGGAGAAAGGUACUGUGCAUCAGACUCCAGAUCUCUUAUUGCUGUCUGCCCUCAUGUCUCCACCUCACUUCCUUUAGCAAAAUCUAAACAUUUCAAAGGAAAACCUGUAGGUUAAUUGCCUACUUAUGGGCAUUGUUUUUUUGGGCCAACUCUGACAACCCUAUCCUCUUCCUCAUCCAUUUACCAAAACCUUCUGUGUGUUUUCUUGAGCUUUAGUGUGAGAAGCUGAGAGGAGAGACAGAAGGGCCUCACAGUAAUGGCUUCAAGACAGACCCAGAGCAGGCUGUGAUCCAAGGCAAUCAAAACUUAGUUUCACUCCACCUUUCUAAGCAUGGAAAUUCUUUUUUGGGCCUUGGACCACUUAGAAAUAACCCCAAGGCAGCAUUUUGAGGGUCACUCGUGUCCUCUGUGCUGUUCUUUGACUGCCCUGAUGUCCCACAGCCUCCAUCCUACUGCCCGGCCUUCUUGGCUCUCAGUCCUCAGAUUCUGCAUUUCCUUCCCUGCUUCUGACCUAACCAGCGGGCUGCAGUCUGCACUGUGGGAGCUGCCAAGCCUCCCUCCUAGGGGGUAAGGGUGUGUGUGAAAGUCUGCUCCACGGGGCUUGGGAUGUCUGGACACAGAGCAGUGGGAAAGGUGUCCUAGGCUGUAGAAACUGAAAGCCCAGAAAACAAAUGAGCUUGCUGUGGAUUGGGCUUGAGAAGGUAAACAGGAAAGACUGGAACCCUGUAGGGUCAGGGGUAGGAGGGGAGGCCCCUGAGGUUUUUCCCAGGAGAGGUGGGAGAAUGAAAGUGGUUGAUGUUUAAAGAGUAUGGUGGGAGGAGUUACAUUUUCCUUCAGUUUUUCCUAACUCCUCGAAUUCACCAGUAGUUUUUUGUACACAAAAAUGCAAGUCUAAAUGUUUUGUAUUAUUUUAGAAUAUGUGAACGAUUAAUGGUGUAUGCUCCUUAUUUCACUGUGUUUGAGUAAAUUCCUGUUAAUUCCUUUCUCCAUUUAUGCUUUCUGGCAAAACUGACAUUUACAGGCAUGCUUUUUGUUUGUAAUCGAGAAUGUGUGCAAAAAUAUCAGGCUUGUUUCCUAUGCAGUAUGAAGACUUCUGUGAAUAUUCACUAAUACAUCAGCUUGUUCUGUUCUCUCUUCUUAUAUAGCUCUAUUCUUGAAAUAUAAUUGAAUGUGACCUUUGAAAUUGUGCUGUCUUGUGGAAGUAUUCUCAAACAGAAAAACCUAACUGUUCUCUUGAUAUUUCUUGGCCUAGCAGUAAUAUUGUACUUGACAUCCUAUGUUUCUAACCAGUGUAAGUACUUGUAGAAUUGCUCUGUCAAACUAAACAAAGAUAGUACUUUAGUCUUCUCCUAUGUGCUCGAAGGAAAAAUAAAUCUGUUACUCUGCUGUAUUUCUUGUUUUCACCAAAUAAAAAUAAAUAAGGCUUGUC